UGAGAUUUUACCAAUUGAUACUUUGUAUACUACUUUUUGUCAAUAUAUACAUAUUACUGCAUAGAUGUAGUGUUAAUAUCUUCCCCACCCCAAGAAGUAUAUAUGCAAGUCAUGAAAGACAUCAUUGAAAAACACAAUAUAUGGGUUGAUUUUGUUUGGUUGCUUAAAUUUAUUAAGCAAGUAUGAUUAAGUGUUUUAAAAACGUGUUGACCAAGAAAGUAUGAUAACAAAGUGUAUUAAAAACGUGUUGACCUUUGCGUGUUUGUACAGAGACACUGUGCAGUCUCUCUUAUUACUCAGCAAUUGUCUGGAACAAAAUAACCCAGACAUGGUGUGCCGCACUUACAUGUGUUGUGCAUCACAUAAGCUCGAGUUACAUCAUAUCUGGGGCUUUGUCAGAUUCACCACUGGUUUGUAAGGUGCAUGAGACAUUCCUCGAAAUCUAAGAUGUUCAAUUAAUUACUGACUAAUGAAGGAAAACGUGUUGGCUGCAGUUCUAAUUUUGUGCUCACUUCCCGUUACUUCCUGCUUUGAAGCUUAUUAUGUACAUGUCACGAAACUGGCACAAGUAAUUGGUACAAAAAAUGCAAAGUUGUAUGCUGGUGAAUGUUUAUUUGAUACCUGAUUCUGAAAAUAGUGAAUGAAUUACCAUUUUAGAAGUAAUGUUACUUCAUCAGAAAAUUUUAAUUAAUUUCCAGACCAAGAUUUGGCCAAAAGAAAAAGGGUGGACUGCUUCCCAACCUUGCUAAUGGAAAAGAUGCUUCUGUAAUGAAAAAGACAACAGACAAGGAAGAUGCAUCGCUUGAAGCAAAGCAUUUUGAUGGCAAGAGCAGCGAGGCUGAUGGCUCAGCGGGAGUUUUGUCAUCUGUGCAGUUAUUAGCGAAAAUAAAAGCAAGAAAUCCUGUGACGUCAGCAUCACUGACUAAUGACAGCAAUUUAGUUAAUUCCCAGGAAGUACAUGAUGAUGACCUAGCAUUGUUAGAAGAUGUCAGAACAUUUAUUGCCUUUCAAUGUGCUGUUGAUGGACAAGGAACUACAGAAGAAAUAUUACAAAGGUUCAAGAAUAGACUUCCUCCUGAGAAUUCUGCCAAAUUCAAAGCCAUGCUGAGACAAAUUUGUGACUUUACCAGAUCAAAUGGCAUUGGGGUUUGGUCACUAAAGCCUGAAAUGCGAUAGAAGAUGAGCUCUUUUUCCGAAUUCUGACUUCUAUGGCUAGUUUAAGUUGACAAAUUAAAGUUCCUUAGAUUCAGUUUAGAUAUUGUCUGGUCAAAGGUUUUGGCCCUGCAGCUGAAGAGAAAUGAAAGUUUUUUAGACUGAUGUACGCAAGAAUAAAAUGUGAAUUAAUAACUCUGACACUCAGGGUAUUUAUUUAUAUAUUUUUUUGUACAUUAGCAUGGUUUGUUCUUUUUUCUUUUUUUUUUUUACCUGAAAAUUCUGAUUUUUGUAUAAUAGAAAGCUUAGUAAGUGAUGGGAUGUAGUUCAUAAGGUUUGUUCUCGAUAUUUGAUAAGGUUUUACAGUUAUUGGCUUUUCUUUGGGUAAGAUGUGGUACGUCCAGAAAAUGGAAUGAAUUGAAUUAGCCCAUACUCUUCGUCCUCUAUUUGUAAUAAAAUUACGAAAAUCCAA